UGCCCAGAAAGAAGUGAUGUCCACCGGUAGCUGUCUUGAGAAGCUAAGGCUCCAGCCGAGGUCUCCAGGCCUCCGACCGGCCCAGCAGUGAGCGCGGCUGCGCGACGCUUCAGGGCCAUGGCGACGCCGGCGGGGCUGGAGCGCUGGGUUCAGGACGAGCUGCACUCGGUGUUGGGGCUGAGCGAGCGGCACGUCGCCCAGUUCCUGAUCGGUACCGCACAGCGCUGCACCUCGGCCGAGGAGUUCGUGCAGCGCCUACGAGACACUGAUACCUUGGAUCUCAGUGGGCCGGCCCGGGACUUCGCCUUGAGACUCUGGAACAAGGUACCACGAAAGGCAGUGGUAGAAAAGCCAGCUCGGGCAGCAGAGCGAGAGGCCCGAGCCCUGCUGGAGGAGAACCGAUCUUGUAAGUUACUGGAAGACAGUGAAGAGAGCAGUGAGGAGACUGUGAGUAGGGUUGGAAGCAGCCUCCAGAAGAAACGUAAAAAGCGGAAACACCUCAGGAAGAAGCGUGAGGAAGAAGAGGAAGAAGAGGAGGAAGAGGCUUCUGAGAAAGGGAAGAAGAAAACAGGGGGGAGUAAACAGCAGACAGAGAAGCCAGAGUCAGAAGAUGAGUGGGAACGGACAGAGCGUGAGCGCCUUCAGGACCUGGAGGAGCGUGAUGCCUUUGCUGAGCGGGUUCGACAGCGGGACAAGGAUCGGACUCGAAAUGUCCUGGAACGGUCAGACAAGAAGGCUUAUGAAGAGGCUCAGAAGCGCCUCAAGAUGGCCGAGGAAGACCGGAAGGCCAUGACCAUUUAA